AUGGCGACCAUCACACUUUCCACUGCCGCAGUCAGUUACCAUGGCAAUGAGCAUAUAUUCUCAAUGCCACGAUGCUGUGCUAAGAAUCAGCAAACGCCCAACAGCAGCUCCCUCACCCAGUUCCUCCUCCUGGCAUUCGCAGACAGGCGGGAGCUGCAGCUCCUGCACUUCUGGCUCUUCCUGGGCAUCUCUCUGGCUGCCCUCCUGGCCAACGGCCUCAUCCUCAGCGCCGUAGCCUGUGACCACCACCUGCACACCCCCAUGGGCUUCUUCCUGCUCAACCUCUCCCUCACAGACCUGGGCUGCAUCUGCACCACUGUCCCCAAAGCCAUGCACAAUUCCCUCUGUGUCACCACAACCAUCUCCUACCAGGGAUGUGCUGCACAGCUUUUUUUCUUUUAUUUCUUCAUCACAGCAGAGUAUUUCCUCCUCACCGUCAUGUGCUACGACCGCUACGUUGCCAUCUGCAAACCCCUGCACUACGGGACCCUCCUGGGCAACAGAGUUUGUGCCCACAUGGCAGCAGCUGCCUGGGCCACUGACUUUCUCUAUUCUCUGCUGCACACAGCCAAUAUAUUUUCCUUGCCCCUGUGCCAGGGCAAUGCCCUGGGCCAGUUCUUCUGUGAAAUCUCCCACAUCCUGAAGCUCUCCUGCUCAUACUCAGGCUACCUCAGGGAAAUUUGGCUCAUUAGGGUUAGUGUCUGUUUAGUGUUUGGUUGUUUUGUUUUCAUUGUUUUCUCCUAUGUGCAGAUCUUCAGGGCUGUGCUGAGGAUCCCCUCUGAGCAGGGACGGCACAAAGCCUUUUCCACGUGCCUCCCUCACCUGGCCGUGGUCUCAAUCUUUGUCAGCACUUCGUUUUUUUCUCACCUGAAGCCCCCCUCCAUCUCCUCCCCAUCCCUGGACCUUGUGGUGUCAGUUCUAUACUCUGUGGUGCCUCCAGCAGUGAACCCCCUCAUCUACAGCCUGAGGAACCAGGAGCUCAAGGAUGCCCUGAGGACAAUAAUGACUGGAUGUUUUUCAGGACCCUCCGAUGAGGUCGCCCUGGGCCGGAGUCCAACUCUUUCGUUGCCGGCAGUGCGGAGUCCAACUCUUUCGCUGACCGGGGGCGCGGAGUUUAACUCUUUCACCCAACUCUUUGCCUUCUUGUGCUGCAGCAAGACCGACCAG